CCAGCAAUCUCGACGACAAGCUGCACCACGCCGACAAGCAACGUCGACGAGCUAUCACUCCCAUCGUCACUUGCACACACCGCACCCCCAACACCCAACACACGGCGCGGCAGCACCCUCCCCCACCUCACUGCUCAUCAACGCGCGCUGCGCAUCUCCCCCUCCGACAGAGAUUGCCAGCCAUGGACUCGUCGGCAACCUCCUACACCAUCAUCCACGAUGACCUGCUCGACGCGCCUUCGUCCCAGGACCUCCGCAACGCCCUCCAGAAGGGCUCGGACGAGGUCAAGCUCGAGACGCUCCGCCGCAUCAUUGUCAGCACGCUGAAUGGACAGAGCCACCCCACGCUCCUCAUGCCCAUCAUCCAGUAUGUCAUGCCAUCACGCAACAAGCAGAUCAAGAAGCUUCUCCACUUCUACUGGGAGGUCUGUCCCAAGCUCGACGAGAACGGCAAGCUCAAGCAGGAGAUGAUCCUCGUGUGCAAUGCCCUUCGUAACGACCUGCAACACCCCAACGAGUACAUUCGCGGCGCGACCCUCCGCUUCCUCCAGAAGGUGCGCGAGGCCGAGCUCCUCGAGCCCCUCGUCCCCACCGUCCGCUCGUGCUUGGAACACCGCCACUCGUUUGUGCGCAAGAAUGCCGUCUUCACCGUCUGGACCAUCUACCAGGACCACGAGCACCUCAUUCCCGACGCGCCAGAGCUCCUCGACACGUUCCUUGCCGCCGAGUCGGACUCGACCUGCAAGCGCAACGCGUUCGUCGCACUCUGCAACAUCUCGCAGCCCACCGCCGUCCGCUACCUGUUGAGCGUCGCCGACCAGCUCUCCACAAUGGACGAGCUCAUGCAGAUGGCCGUGAUCGAGCUCAUCCGCAAGGAGGCGCGCACCGAGGGCGGCCACCGCGCCAAGUGGAUCCGCGCCAUCUUCGAGCUCCUCGGUUCGCCCAGCCACGCCGUCAAGUACGAGGCGGCUACCACCCUUACCACCUUGACCCAGAACCCUGCUGCCAUCAAGGCCGCUGCCUCUGCCUUUGCCGAGCUCAUCGUCAAGGAGGCCGACAACAACGUCAAGCUCAUCGUUCUCGACCGCUUCGACACGCUCCGCAGCAAGCACGAGCACGUUCUUGACAGCAUGGCCAUGGACAUCCUCAAGGUCCUCUCGUCCCAGGACAUGGAGGUCAAGACCAAGGCCAUUGGCAUCGCCCUGCAGAUGGUCACUAGCCGCAACGUCGAGGACGUUGUUCUCUUCCUCAAGAAGCAGCUCCAGUCGACUUUGGAUCAGGACUGGGACAAGAACGCCGAGUACCGCCAGCUCCUCAUCCAGAGCAUCCACUCGUGCGCCAUCAAGUUCUCCGAGGUCGCCGCCAACGUCGUCUACGUCCUCAUGGACUUCUUGGGAGACUCGAACAACCCCUCGGCCGUCGACGUCAUCUCGUUUGUCCGCGAGGUUGUCGAGAAGUUCCCUGACCUCCGCCCCACCAUUACUGAGAAGCUCGUCCAGACCUUCUCCGAGAUCAAGUCGGGCAAGGUCUUCCGCGGCGCCAUGUGGAUUGUCGGCGAGUACUGCACUGUCGCUGCCGACAUUAAGCGGGCAAUCUUCGAGCUCCGCAAGGUGAUUGGCGAGGUCCCCAUCCUGGCCUCGGAGCAGAGGUUGCUCGACGAGGCUGAGGCUGCCGACGAGGCUGCCGGUGCGACUGAGAAGGAGGAGGCCCCCAAGGCUGUCACGACCACUCGUGUUCUGGCCGACGGCACGUACGCCACCGAGACGGUCUACACCUCCACAGCAGCCGCUGCUCGUCUUGAGCAGGUCCGCGCUGCUGCCAAGCCCCCACUCCGUGCGCUCAUCCUCGGCGGCGACUUCUUCACUGCCACCGUCCUGGCCUCUACCCUCACCAAGCUCGUCCUCCGCUACUCGGAGCUCAAGGUUGACCCCACAUCCCUCAACACCCUCCGCGCCGAGGCCAUCCUCAUCAUGACUUCGAUUGUCCGCAUCGGCCAGUCCAAGUUUGUCACCGUGCCCAUCGACGAGGACUCGCAGGAGCGUAUCCUCAACUGUGUUGAGGCCCUCUCCCAGCUCCAGGACUCGAAGCCUGUGCACGAGGUCUUCCUGCACGACACGCAGGCUGCGUACGCCAAGAUGCUGGCUGCCGAGGAGAAGAAGGUGUCGGCCAAGAAGGCGCUCGAGGCCAAGGCCAAGGCAGUUCAGGUCGACGACGUUAUCAGCUUCCGCCAGCUCUCCAAGAAGUCGGCGGGCGGUGACGCCGACGACUUUGAGUCGGAUGUUGUUCGCGCGACUGGUGCUGCCGAGGUCAAGGACGACUUUGUGUCCAAGCUCUCCAGGAUAGUCCAGCUCACUGGUUUCUCGGACCCUGUGUACGCCGAGGCUGUUGUCAACAUCCAGCAGUUUGACAUUCUCCUCGACGUCCUCAUCGUCAACCAGACGAGCGAAACGCUGCAAAACCUGACGAUCGAGUUUGCUACCCUUGGUGACCUCAAGCUUGUCGAGCGACCAGCACCACACACUCUUGGCCCCCACGGCUUCCACAACAUCAAGGCGACGAUCAAGGUGUCGUCGACCGAGACUGGUGUCAUCUUUGGCAACAUUGUCUACGACAAGCAGGGUGCGUCGGACGCGAGCGUCAACAUUGUUCUCAACGACGUCCACGUCGACAUUAUGGACUACAUCAAGCCUGCGUACUGCAACGAGGCGCAGUUCAGGAGCAUGUGGACCGAGUUUGAGUGGGAGAACAAGGUCAACGUCAACACGUCGAUCAACGACCUGCGCGUCUACCUCGACCACAUUAUGAAGUCGACCAACAUGGCGUGCCUGACGCCCGACGCUGCCCUCUCUGGCGACUGCGACUUCCUGUCUGCCAACCUGUGCGCAAGGAGUCUGUUUGGCGAGGACGCUCUUGCCAACCUGUCGAUUGAGAAGACGGAGGAGGGCGCGAUCCAGGGCCAUGUGCGCAUCCGCUCCAAGACGCAGGGUAUUGCGCUGUCUUUGGGCGACCGGAUCACGAUCUUGCAAAAGACGCUCAAGGCGUAGGUGUAGAGUGAGAAGUUGGUGUAUGAGUUGCUGCAUGCUAUUAUGAACUAGACGGUAUGGUGCAG